AAGUGGCCGGGUCUUGGUGAGGAGGCUGAUCAGGCGGGUUGACCAGAGGAAGUGGCGUAGUCCUUGAACAGGGCUGUGGGGUUGGAGGAGGGGAACUGGAGCACUGGCGCGCCCGGUGUCCGCUUCUUCGGCAAAUCAGGCAUUUAUACGGAUCCCGGCAGUCGAUCUUGUUGUGGCCCUUCUCCAGGCAUCUGUGGCAAACUCUGUGGCGAUGCUUAACAAAGGAUCUGUCGGUAGAUGGGGAAAAUGAAGACGAAGAUAGACGGCUUGAAUGCUGGUUGUUGGGGGAGAGAGCAUGCCACCAGUACGGUGCUUUAACGAUCUGCCAGCCUUCCUCCGGGUUGGAAUCCAUCUUCAACGGCGCGCAUGAAGGCGCCUGCUGCAGUACUGGGCUCGAGGGAGCCGGAGACCGCGGCGCGUCCAGGGGGGCAUUGAAGGCCAGGGACGACGCCUUCUUGAGGCAUGGCUUUGGGAUGCCAUGAAUGCGCUGCAGAGGGGGUGGGCAGGGCAGAUCUUCACCCAGAGCAAAGCGGACCUUGGAGACCUGACCUGACGCCGAGGCAGCAGUAACUGCGGGCGGAUCUUCCGGGAGGGAGCCUGGAGCGGUCCAAGACCACGGCGGGGAGGCUGGAUCUGGACCAGCUGAAAGCAGCUGCGAGAACAACGCAGGCACGAGGGACUGGCUUGCAAAACUUGGGGUGGGGAAGCUCGGGGGAAGCGGGGCGAGGCGGAUGGGGGGCUCAGCCGGGGAGGGAGCUGGGAAGCGGCAGCAGAGGCGAAGCCGGUGGCUGCGGGCGCCGGAGCAGCGCGCCGCAGGAGCGUGGGCGUGGGGAGUACCAUCUCGACAACGCUCAGUCAAAGUCCUCUCAAAUAGCUAGUGUGUCUGCUGCCUUCAGCCAUGCGACAGAGAACAAGCUUCACUUGGGCCAAGUUUUGGGUCGAUUCAACGGAGAAUUCUGGGGAAUGUUUGCAAGCACGCAGGUCAUUGGAAAUUUGAUCUCGCUCGUCGUGCUGGGGAAUGACAAGGAUGGAGGAGGUGCCAACAAGAACCUCUUGUUCACUGUAUUCCUCGGCUGCAUGGUCGUCGGCAUCGUGCCCAUGUGCCUGCUCUCCAGAAGAGAUAAGAGCAGAGGAGAAUCAGACGGCCAUGAACCCCAAGGGCGUUCCUUUCUCGCUGACACGUCGACGUCUGCCGUCACGCCGCUCGCUGACCCGAGGAUGCUCCUCCUCGCUCCUCUCCUCGCCUACUACGGCCUGCAAAAGGCAUUUGUAUGGGCUGUGUUCACCAAGAGUGUCGUGACCCCCGUUCUCGGGGUCGCCGGAGUCGGCGGGGCGAUGGCAGUCUACGGCGCGGCCGGUGUCGUCAGCUCGCUGGUCGCCGGCCGUCUGACCUCCGGCCUCCGUUCGUCCACCUUCAUUGUGUCAACCGGAGCUGUUCUCCAGGCCGGGGUGCUGCUCUGGCUGCUCUUUUUCUACAGUCCCAUGCUCGGGUCAGCAGCUCCGCUGGUCGUCGGCGACGUAUGGGGCGUCGGAGAUGGGAUUCUGAACACGCAGUUGAGUGCGUUGAUCGGGCUUCUCUUCGAGAACGACAAGUGGAGAUUAUUGACUAAGGAGCCAGAUCGGGACGCCCUGGACCUGCUCAUCGCCAAAAUUCGGGCUUCAGCCUCUCAGAUCUCCGGGACGAAUCAGGGCGUAUAAUUUUGGUGCUGUAGUUUGCGGGAUUAGGUCUCCUUCUCUUCCCUGCCUGCGUGCCGUGUUUGGCAGCUGCCUGUAUCGUUAGUACUUUGGGUC